AUGGCUGUGCUCAGGGGUGUCCUGCGGAGAGAUUUGCACAAGGCGGUCCUGGGACUACGGAACAUGUCGUCUGAGGCAGGACUGGCAUCGUAUAGCUAUGAAACACUGAAAGUCACAGCACCAAGGGAUCACAUCUUUCACGUGGAAAUAAACCGUCCUGAGAAAAGAAAUGCCAUGAACAAAGCUUUCUGGAGGGAGAUGGUCCUCUGCUUUCGUGCCUUAUCAGACGAUACCAGCUGUAGAGCAGUCGUUAUUUCUGGCGCUGGUAAAAUGUUCACGUCAGGUAUUGACCUUACAGACCUUGCUGGUGACUUUUUACAACAUGAAGAGGAAGACACUGCAAGAAUUGCCUGGAAUGUGCGCAAGAAGAUAAAAGAUUAUCAGGAAUCCUUUAGUGCUAUUGAGAAGUGUACAAAGCCGGUGAUUGCAGCAAUCCAUAAUGGGUGCAUUGGAGGAGGUGUGAAUCUCAUCACUGCCUGUGACAUCCGAUACUGCUCGCAGGAUGCCUGGUUUCAAGUUAAGGAGGUGGACGUAGGUCUAGCAGCUGAUGUAGGAGCCCUCCAACGCUUGCCAAGCAUCAUCGGGAACAGAAGCCUGGUCAAUGAGCUGGCCUUCACCGCUAGGAAAAUGAUGUCAGAUGAAGCCUUGAACAGCGGUUUAGUCAGUCGUGUGUUUCCAGAUAAAUCUUCCCUCUUACUUGCCUCACUUGACCUGGCCACUGAGAUUGCCAGCAGGAGCCCCGUGGCCGUUCAGGGAACCAAAAUCAACCUCAUAUAUUCUCGAGACCACUCAGUGCAGGAGAGUCUGGAUUACAUGGCUAACUGGAACAUGAGUAUGCUGCAGACUGAGGACAUCAUGAAGUCUGCACAGGCCGUCUUACAAAAGAAGAGCCCAAAAGAUGUUACUUUUUCCAAACUGUAA